AUGAACGAAACCGACCUCUUCAUAUCCAAGGGCACGUGCUUCUUCGGGCCGGGCCAAGUCGCCGACCCGAAAUACCUCCCCUGCGGGAACUCGGAGCUGCUCGGCCCUCAGCCCUGCUGCUACGCCGGGGACUUUUGCAUGUCGAGCACGGCUUGCUUCGACAGCGACACCGUCGUCACGUACCUCGCAGGCUGCACGGACUCGACCUUCACCUCGGCGAAAUGCACCAACAAGUACGCGUACCCGGACCAGCAGUACGUGGCGAUCGCGCGGUGCGAGGGCAGCCAGGUCGACAUCUGGUCGGGGUGCGCCAAGCACCCGGACUGGGUCGCCAUCCAGAAGGAGCCCGACUGCGCGUGCACCGCCUCCAAGGCCCUGAUCCGCAACCCCAACGGCAAGUCCAGCCUCGACGAGAUCGCCCGCCUGCCCACCGCCGGGAGCACCAUCAGCUUCAACCCGACUGCCGUCCCCACGCUUACGUCCACGUCCACGUCCACGUCGACUUCUGCUACUGCUAGCCGGCAGGAUGCCGACGCGGCGCCGACGUCUAGUAGUAGUAGUAGUAUCUCAAACCCGCCGCGGGACCAAUCCUCAGACACGAAAGUAAUCGUCGGCGUGACCGUCGGCGUAGGCGUGCCGCUCCUCGCAGCGCUCAUAUUCCUCUCCUUCCUCUUUCUACGGCGGAAAAAGCUCUCGUCCGCAACCGCAACCGCACCAACUUCCUCCUCCCAGUCCCCUCCGCCUCCCGAUACCAAAGCAUCACCAGCACACCCGUCCCAGCAAGCCUUCGCCACCGCUCAAGGAAUCCACGACGAACAAUUAUCGCCCGCCGGCAUCGAGCCCACCCACUCCUCCCCCUCCCCCCCGCCGCCGCAGCACACCUCCGCCUGGUACGGCGGGUACAACAGCAAGCCCGAGCUAGAAGCGAACUCGGCGCAGAAACCCGAGCUCGCGGGCGACGAGCCGGGGGCCUUCACGACUUCCAGCUGGACCUCGGGCACCCUCGACAGCCGGCAGAUAUCGGAGCUUUCGGGCCACGACGCGGUGACGGGUGCGUCGCGGGAGAAGUAUAAUCAGGAAUAG